CUGUCUAGCCUAGCAGCCAGUUAAAUAUCAAAUUUGUUGUUCUAUUUCUAUAUAAAUUUGACGACGACGCGCCUAUGACACCGAAGACAAUUAGCGCCAGUCAAUGCAAAUAUUACCACAAAAGUGACAUCUGAUAACACAAACGACAUUUGCAAACAAAUCGGAAUCAAAAUUGCGAUCCAAAUCUUUGCUACACAAUAAAUGUCGCUGCUAGUAAUAGCGCCGAAGUCAGUUCUUCAGAGACUGGCAAACCAAGUGAAAGUUCGUACUUUUAUAAAAAUGGCCACCUAUGAGCAGGUUAAAGACAUUCCCAAUCAUCCAGAAGCCUAUUUGAUUGAUGUACGCAACGAGGAUGAGCUGAAGAAAACGGGUACCAUACCAGCCAGCCUGAAUAUACCCUUGCCAGAUUUGUCGGGGGCGUUGGUUUUGGAAUCUGACGAAUUUUUAAGUGCCUAUGGCAGGAGUAAGCCGACCAAGAGCACAAAAAUCAUAUUCACCUGUCAAUCUGGACGCCGUGCCUUAGAGGCCAACAAAAUCGCCAAGGCAGCGGGCUAUGUAAACACUCAUGUUUAUGAUGGUUCCUGGAACGAUUGGGCUAAAAGAGAGGGUCUUGCUUAGAGCGAAAGGGCAGCACAAUAAAUAAGUUUUGGAAAGUUUUUAAAUUUAUGGAACCAGCCAUCAAUGGUAUAAAUACGUACUAUCCUUAUUUUAUUUGGAAUAAAUUCUACUCUAAAUUGUAAA